UUCUCUUUCAAACUAUGAAGUUUUAGUCCAUGGUUUUGGGUUUUGACCAGUCCAUGCACACUCAUGUUCCGCGUUUUUUUUUUGUUUGAUUCCUUGCGUGCUUUUUCCGUUACUCUUUCUCUCUAAAAAAUACGUUGGAAUUAUCAUCACUAAUCAGGGUUCAGGACUGGUAUUAUUGUCUGCAACUCUUGUUUCUCUGUGUUAGAGAGUGAGGCUUAGAUUAGAUUACUGUGUCUCUGUAACUGUAAAUAAUAGAGAGGAUCAUGGGUUGCUUUGGCUUCUGCAAACAAGAUGAUAGUUAUAAACCUUCUGAUAACCGAUCCUUAAUGCCAACAAAUUCUACUGGGAAUACCGGUUAUAGUGCCAGACAAACUGCAGUAACCACUCCUAAGAUUAUAGAAUUCAAACCGAUUGCCGUCCCUUCCCUUUCAUUAGAUGAAUUGAAGUCUUUGACAGACAAUUAUGGGGCAAAAUGUUUCAUUGGUGAGGGUGCAUAUGGGAAAGUGUAUCGCGCGACAUUGAAAGACGGCCGUGAUGUUGUAAUUAAGAAGUUAGAUUCCAGCAGGCAACCAGACCAAGAAUUUCUUGCACAGGUCUCGAUCGUAUCGAGGUUAAAGCAUGAAAAUGUUGUUGAACUUGUUAGCUAUUGUGUUGAUGGUCCUCUUCGCGCCCUUGCCUAUGAGUAUGCUCCUAAAGGAUCCCUUCAUGAUAUUCUACAUGGACGCAAAGGCGUGAAGGGUGCGCAGCCUGGUCCAGUUCUCUCAUGGGCUCAAAGAGUCAAAAUUGCUGUUGGAGCAGCCAGAGGACUUGAAUAUCUUCAUGAGAAGGCAGAGAUUCAUAUCAUCCAUCGAUACAUCAAGUCGAGCAACAUAAUGCUUUUUGAUGAUGAUGUUGCGAAGAUUGCUGAUUUUGAUUUGUCAAAUCAAAACCCAGAUGCUGCAGCGCGUCUCCAUUCUACCCGUGUUCUAGGCACCUUUGGUUAUCAUGCUCCAGAAUAUGCAAUGACUGGAACACUCACUGCCAAGAGUGAUGUGUAUAGUUUUGGAGUGAUAUUGCUGGAGCUGUUAACUGGCCGUAAACCUGUUGAUCACACGCUGCCUCGAGGACAGCAAAGCCUUGUGACAUGGGCAACACCAAGGCUUAGUGAAGAUAAGGUGAAGCAGUGUGUUGAUGUUAGAUUAAAGGGAGACUACCCUCCAAAGGCAGUAGCAAAGUUGGCUGCUGUUGCUGCGUUGUGUGUCCAAUAUGAAGCCGAGUUCCGGCCAAACAUGAGCAUUGUAGUGAAAGCUCUACAACCACUACUCAAUACCCGUUCCGGUCAACCAAAGGAAUCAGCACACAAGAUGUAAAUUCUCAGAAGCCCCCUCAUUCCUUCUUGCAAACUGCAGCAGAAUGCCUUCCAUUGAGUGUCAAUAAUCAGUGGCUCAAGUGUCAAUAAUCAGUGGCUCAAAGGCAUACUAGAUAUAGUCUUGAUAUUUUUGUUUGUGUGAUUGUAUUGGUAACUCGGCAACUAGUUUAGUUUUGCUGUUUUUGAAUGACACAAUGGAACCUACCUACUGUUUUGUUGUGCAGAUUCUACAAUCUACUUCUAUAUAUAUAGGUAAACAUGGAUUAUUUUGUUAGAA